CUGUGCAUGUGCAACAAAACGCGCGCGUAGCCGGCAAUUGGCAAAUAUUGCAAUAAAUCGCGAAAUUUAAAAAGAAAUACGCUUAAGACCGGUGAAAUAGUCGCCCAAAGAUGUCCGCCAGCUCCUCCAGCAACGCCUGCAAGCUGCUCCUGCUUGGUCGCGGUAUGCGCGCCACACUCCUGUGCGUGGCCAUUCAGUUCCUCCUGCUGACUGUCUUCCUGCUGUCGGUGAACUUCACGCUGCUGCAUCCGCUCGCCUGGGUGACCGGAACGCUGGGCCUGGUGGCCAGCUGGUACACCUGGUUCGCCAGCAUCCCGCUGGUGAUCGCCGUCGUUCUCUACGGGGUCUCUCUCUGUCAGCAGCACCUCUGGGAGCGUCCGUACUGCCCCACGCGCUACCGCUGGCUCCUGAACCACGGACCGCGCAAGCUGCUUUUCUUGGCCGCUCAUAUCUUGGUUGGAUUCCUAACCGCGUGGCUCUACACGGGAUAUCUGCACACGGACUAUCAGCAUCUUCGGUACAAGUGCUACGGCCAAGACUGCGUGAGCGCUUACCAUGUGUACCUGCUGGGCAUGGGCAUUACCGCCGGAAUCUGCUACUUCGCCUCCGUCCACAUGCGCCACGAGGUCUCCAUUGAGUUCCCCAUCGUGGAGCAGUCCCGCGGCGAGAGGCUCCGCGAACUCCUGUACGCCAGCCUGUCUCGAUCCCUGUUCAGAUCGCUGUUGCCCACGAUUAGCUAUACCUUGGCAUUUUGGCUGUUAGGACCCCUAGUGUGCCGCAAACUGAGCCACUUCCUGUCGGUGGACCUGGACGAGCGACUGGAGGGUUUUUUCGGUGUGGCCACCAAUGUCCGUCUCCUCUUCUACGGCUGGUUGCUAACUGCCCAGAUUCUGAGCAAUAUGCACCUAAUGCACUGCUUCUACGGCAUGCUGCUGUCGGAGGACAUUCCCCUGGUAGUGGCCAAGCAGCGAGCGCCCUUUGUCCACGAACAGGAGGUGACCGUGGUGGCGGGACUUGGGGUUUUUAACGUUUACGUAGUACAAUGCCUGGCUGCUCACUACUUCUACAAGUUGGCCUGGCGUAAGGAUUCCACACAGCGGGCCGAGAUUUACCAGCUCACAGAGCCGGGCAACCGGCCGGCGAACUGGCGAGCGCUCUGCGAUCAGUGCCUGAGCAUCCUGGGCAGCUUCACAGAGGAACUAACAGAGUCUAUGCAAAAGAUCAGCGUGCUUAAGGGCGCCCAGAGCUUGCCCGUACCACCCAAAACCAUCGAGUCCACCAAUGCUAGCUUGAUGGCCGAGAAGUUGCUCCUGCGGCAGUACAACCAGAUGCACGGCAUUCGGCCAAUUGUGUCGCCAGCCCAGGAAGCAGCAGUUGAACGGCCGGUCAACGGCAUCCGCCAUGUGCCCAACUGGUGUGAGCGUGUGUCCACACAGAUUGAGGGAGUGUUGCAGCGUCUGUUGAAGCGAGUCCCCGGCAUCGUUUACUUCUUCAAUGAGCAGGAAGGAGCCAAGACAGCCUACCUGCUGACCAAUUCGCUGCCGGUGGUGUACAUAUCGCAGGCUUUGGCGCAGGUUUGCGUAGCCUCGCUUAAGGAGGAUCGCUAUGGGGUGGUCCAGAACGAUCUGCCGGCCAUCAUCAAGGCCUUGAACAAGCUUCAAGGCGAGCUGCAGAAGCUGAGCAGCGUGAUAGGAAGCCUGCGGGCGCCCAGCACUGCAUUCAACGUCCUUCAUUGCGCUGUGCGCCGUAGUUUGUACAACAUUUGCAACUCCUUCGGCGACUACCUGGGGGAUCUGCUGCCGCCCGGCGAGGAGGUGAGGCAGCUGCAGGAUCUCAUCUACCAGGAGUAGAUUCCUACGUCACCCCCCAUCACACACACACACACACUUCAUCUUGUAACAUGUUUUGCAUCUCUUUCUUUAGUUGUUGUCUGCGGUAACAAUAAAAAUUUAUAAAUACAACUACAAA